UCCGGCAGCUGCUGGGAGCAGAGCGGGCUGGGACGCGGCGCGCUCCGCGCCCCCCACCCGCUGCAGGGAAGCUUGAAGCCUCGGCCGCAGCAGUGGGCUUGCUCGGGACGUGCUAGAAGGCGGCGGCGCCCCGGGGCUGCUCAGACCUUCACCCCGACGGCUCCUGGGGGCGGCUCCAGGCCGCCGUCUGCGCGGGGAUCGUGACUGGUGAAUGCCCCUAGCCGGGGGCCACGGCAGAUACAGCCUCCCUCGGGUGCCUGGGCGAGGAUGAGCGGCGGCGGGGAGGUGGUGUGUGCCGGCUGGCUGAGGAAGUCGCCCCCGGAGAAGAAGUUGAGGCGCUAUGCGUGGAAGAAGCGUUGGUUCAUUCUUCGCAGCGGGAGGAUGAGUGGGGACCCAGACGUGCUGGAAUAUUACAAGAAUGACCAUUCCAAGAAGCCCUUGCGGGUCAUCAACCUCAGCUUCUGUGAACAGGUGGACGCAGGCCUGACUUUCAACAAGAAGGAGCUCCAAGAAAGCUUUGUGUUCGACAUCAAGACCAGUGACCGCACCUUCUACCUGGUGGCGGAGACCGAGGAGGACAUGAACAAGUGGGUGCACAGCAUCUGCCAGAUCUGCGGCUUCAACCAGUCGGAUGAGAACUCAGACUCUCUGAGAAACCUCCCCUCUGUUGGUCACGGCCCUCGCUCCUCCCCAGCUGAACUCAACAGCUCCAACCCACACCUGCUUCGAGAGCGCAAAUCCUCAGCCCCCUCGCACUCCAGCCAGCCAACGCUGUUCACCUUUGAAGCCCCAGCAAACCACACACAGACCUUGUCCACCAGUGCCCCCCAGGACUAUCUCUUUCUGCACCAGUGCAUAAGCCGGAGAGCAGAGAACACAAGGAGUGCCAGUUUCUCCCAGGGCACCAGGGCUUCCUUUUUCAUGAGGAGCGAUACAGCUGUGCAGAAGCUUGCCCAGGGAAAUGGGCACUGUAUGAAUGGCGUCAGCGGCCAGGUGCACGGCUUCUACAGCCUGCCCAAGCCCAGCCGGCACAACUCAGAGUUCCGGGACAGUGCCUAUGACCUCCCUCAGAGCCUGGCCUCCCACCCUUCCAGCCACACCAAGGGCAGCCUCACCAGCUCCGAGACAGACAACGAUGAGGUGUACACCUUCAAGACCCCCAACAACACUCUGUGUAGGGAGUUUGGGGACCUCCUGCUAGACAACGUAGAUGCCCCAGGAACCCCGCUCUCAGCCUAUCAGAUUCCCAGGACGUUCACACUGGACAAGAACCACAAUGCCCUGGCAGUGGGGCCCUCGGGGGACUCCUCGGUGGCUCCACCACCCCGGCCCCCCAAGCCGGGGCAGGCAGAGACACCCCGCUGGGGCAGUCCCCAGCAGCGGGCCCAGAAUGGAGAAAGUGGCCGGGCAAUCUCCGUUGCUGCCACCAUUCCCCGACGCAACACCCUCCCAGCGGUGGACAACAGUCGUCUCCACAGGGCUUCUUCCUGUGAGACAUACGAGUACCCGCAAGGUGGCCAGUCUUCAGAGUCUGUCAACGAUGGAUUCAACUCUUUUGUGACGGGGAAAGCCGCCGUGGGACACACAGACAGCUCCAAUUCAGAAGACAACUAUGUGCCCAUGAACCCUGGGUCCUCCUCCCUGCUGGCCAUGGAGAGAUCUAAUGAUAAUUCUCAGAGCGUCUACAUUCCCAUGAGCCCCGGGCCUCAUCACUUUGACCACCUCGGCUUUUCUUCUUCGGCCUUGCCGGUCCAUCGGGGGCGGGGGAGUGAGAUCCAGCCUCCCCCUGUCAACCGAAAUCUCAAACCUGACAGGAAAGCAAAGCCGACCCCUCUGGACUUGAGAAAUAACACGGUCAUCGAUGAGCUUCCUUUUAAGUCUCCGGUCACAAAGUCUUGGUCUAGGGCAAUUCACACCUUCAAUGCUGGCUCUUCCCAGUCCUGCCGCCCUGUCUCCACCCAGAGCAUCACCAGCACCGAUUCAGGGGACAGUGAGGAGAAUUAUGUCCCCAUGCAAAAUCCUGUGUCGGUGUCCCCUGUUCCCAGCGGCACGAACAGCCCUGCUCCCAAGAAAAGCACAGGCAGUGUGGACUACUUAGCCUUGGAUUUCCAGCCAAGCUCACCCAGCCCCCACCGAAAGCCAUCUACAUCAUCCAUCACAUCGGAUGAGAAAGUGGAUUAUGUACAAGUGGACAAGGAAAAAACCCAGGCUUUGCAGAACACCAUGCAAGAGUGGACAGACGUCCGGCAGUCCUCAGAGCCCAGCAAGGGGGGCAAGCUGUGAAGGUCAAGGCAGGCCCUGGACCUGGGGGAGGAAUCUCCCUGUAAGCGAUUUCUUCCCGCCUCCCCUUCUCCACCUCCCUCCUCACUGGGGUCCCUGGUCUGCUCCUUGGUCUCAGCCUUUUAGACUUUCAGUCCCCUGAGGCCUCCAUGGGGGAGGGAGUGCUUGAUGGGGCUUCCCCAUCCAGGGGCUGGGCAGGGCUCUCCCUCUAGCCUUUGGGCACCAGCUCAGGACCACACCUUUGAGCAAUACUGAGGAUGCCCAGAACCAAUCCACCCCUGCGUUUCUCCCUUCCAAGCUUUUGCUGAAAAGCCUCUGUAGCUGCCCCUAGCUCCCUAGCCUUGGGUAUCCUCCUCUGAUCCUUGGGAUCCAGAACUCAGAGCCAUGACUCACUCUGUGUCACAGCCUCCGGCUCCCUCGCUUCCAGACUCUCUCCUCUCAGCCUUGACAUAAUGUGUUUAAGAGGCUCUACUAGCCUAUGCUCAUAGGCUUCAGCAGGGGGCACAUUUCCCAGUAAAGAAGAAGUAGGGAGUCUUGAUUAGAGGUGGCUUUCUUGGUCGGGGACCCUUAUCUGCUCUGUUGGGGUACUCCCCAGCAGCAGGGAGAUCCCCUUCCCCAGGUCCAGGGCCUUGUCUUGGUCAAGGAGGCAGGUUCUAAGGCAAGGUGGGGAAAUCCUAGCACCCAAGGAUCAGGGAGUCGGCUGACAUUUGCAAUGCCCCACCCUUCAGAGGAACUGCUUCCAGCAUCCCAGGAUGGGGAAAAGCAAUAGACCAAGGGGGACAGAAGACCAAGCCCAGGAUAUCAAGCACCCGAGGGCCAUGGAUAUUGAAACUCUGGACACUGAAACUGUGGACUUGUGGCAUUUGAUGAACAUGCCAAGACCUCUGCUGGGAUGGAGCAUCCCCUGCCCAGCAGGAAGAGACAUCUAUAAGUACCUUGGGGCUAGAGCCAAAGGUGUUGCUUUAGACUUUAGAUAAGAGGCUGGGGGAUGGAGGGGACAUACUAUAGGAAAAAAGGAGUUUUUCCAAGCCAGGAAAGGGAAAAACCACAAUGCUCGGAGGUACAUAGUGUUAGAAGGGAACUGGACUCCCCACAGGAGUGUGCAUCUGUGGGAGAGGGAACGUAGUGAAGGGGCUGAGGCUGGUGAAAUGUGUGAAGGGCAGGUAAUGGAAGGGGAGGCUUUUGGAGGGUUAAUGAAGAAUCAGAGGUGAUCCUUUAUGGGAGUGGAUUAAUAUGGCUGAAAUGCAACAUUGAAGAGGGCAAUGUCACGUGUCCAGGUAAAA